CCCGCCUCCAGUAAAGAUGUGCAUUCGCUUCAUUGUGUCGUCUUUGCGCGGAAAGGAGCAGAGCAAAAUUGUGUGUCCUUUCUUAUCUCCUCACAGGAUUUACCAACAUUGAUCCCCAUGGAUCUCACCGACACUGAUGAUGACUCACGUUGUGACAGAUAUUUUUCCAAACUCCGUUUUCAGUUCCAGUUAAUACCCAUUGGUAUGCUGCUCAUGUGUAUUUCAAACACUUCUUAAUUUGUAUCCCUUUCAGAUGGCAGCCGUAGGAAAACUGAAGGUAACGGAAAGCCACCACAUGAAAGCAACGAACGUUUUGGAUCUCAUCAUGGAUACAAACAGCGCCGCGAAGGAGAACUGUGGCCUAGUUCCGGAAAAGGCCAACUUUAGAAAAGCCACCUCCGACCCGCGCCCGAGCGCGAACAAUCCAAACCGGGACGCCUGUGAUCUCGUUAGAGAGACAGGUGGUCUCGCAACCAUCUCCUGCGAUCUCGCUCCGGAGACAAAGAACUGUGCGACGGCCUCUUCCCAUCUCGCCAUCGAGAUGGAGGCUCUCCAGGCCGCGCUGAAGCAGAAGGAUCUGCUCAUAUCCAGCUUGCAGAGCCAGCUGCUGGCGGUGUGCCAGUCUCGCUCCAGCCGGGAGGCGGAGCGCGCGGCUAGAGAGCGAGAGCGCGCUCUGCUGCUGGAGCGAUCGGUGCACCUGCAGCAGCAGAUCGACAGGAGGCGGGCCCACGUCAAGAACGCCCGCAUCACGCUGGAGCAGAUCGACACGACCGAACGGAACAUUGACGACUGUAUCCGCCGGGCGGAGCUGGAGUACCACCUGGAGACCGAGGAGCUCAACAUUCUGAACCUGCAGGGGGAGCACAUGCGGCUCAAGUCGCGACUGGAGGGGGCCGAAGACAGCGCCGCUUCAGCGCGCCCCAUUUCGCUCUCCAGCUGCCUGCCGAGCCACGGCGAGGUGUCGCUGCACCCGCUGGCGGUGCCGUACGACCCCGGCGCGCCCUGCUUCACGCUGACCCAGCUCGGGCCGGAGACGGGCGUGCAGGUGGAGUGGGCACACGACCACUGCGGCCUGAGGAGCGGCGACAGGCUGCUGGAGGUGAACGGUCAGAGCUAG